AUGCUCUGUCCCAUCCCCGUUUCCCGCCCCCCACCCUGCCCACCUGCCUUCCUGCCACAGCCUUCCUCAGGCCAUUUCCACCAAAGAAUCCUACAGUAUGUCCGCGCUAUCCAGAACCUCCACUCUUUCGACCCCUUUGCUUAUGUAAGUAAGGGUGAUGGCCUGCUUCCUGCUGGCACUGAGGAUUGUAUCCAUGUAAAAAUUCAACAGAGAAACGGCAGGAUAACCCUUACUACUGUCCAAGAGACUGCUGAUGAUUACUAUAAAAUGAAACUAGUGAAGUCGUUUAAGAAAAAAUUUGCCCGCAAUGGUACUGUAAUUGAGCAUCCAGAAUAUGGAGAAGUAAUUCAGCUACAGGGUGACCAGCGCAAGAAUAUAUGCCAGUUCCUUGACGAGAUUGGACUGGCUAAGGACGAUCAGCUGAAGGUUCAUGGGUUUUAAGUGCUUUUGGCUCACUGAAGCUUAAGUGAGGAUUUCCUUGCAAUGAGUAGAAUUCCCUUUCUGUCCCUUGUUACAAAUUUAAAAACCUCACAGCUUGUAUAAUGUAACCAUUUGGGGUCUGCUUUUAACUUGGACUAAUGUAACUCCUUCACGCAAUAAACUGAAAAGAGCCA